AUGACGACUGCAGCAUUCAGAUACAUCGACCCAGCUUCGUACGACCCCAAUGCCACAGAGCCAUUCAAAAAGGCGUGGGGCAAAGUCGACGGACCAGGCCGCUCCUACCAACUCACAGAACAGGAGCGCAAAGUGGAGGACCUCCGAGGCCAAGAGUCGAACUUCACAACAGACAAUUCCGGCUUUGCUUUAUACCACUCCCCCGCCAAGGAGACCGCAUUCACCGACGACGCUGAAGUGCGAGCGGGGUACUACGCGGAAGUAGAAGAGCUACUCCGCAAGCAACUGCCCGGCGUGAAAAAAGUAGCCAUCUUCGACCAUACCAUCCGGCGACGGACGCCAGGCUCAGCACGCAGUCCUGUGCAGCUGGUGCACGUGGAUCAAACACCCAAAGCUGCAGAGGCGAGGGUGCGUCGCCACCUGCCCGAGGAUGAAGUAGAGGAGCUGUUGAAGGGUCGAUACCAGAUUAUCAAUGUCUGGCGUCCGAUUGAGAAUCCGGCUUCUGAUUUCCCGUUGGCGCUAAUUGAUUGGAGGAGCAUUGCUCCUUCUGAUUUUGUCAAGGUUGAUCUUCUUUAUCCGAAGGAGUGGCAGGAGAGUGGAGAGGUAGCGCCUGAUUCGGAGUCGAUCUUUUCGACGGAGGGGUAUGAGGUCAAGGGGGGAGACUUAUGCUAUCGCUCCUAA